AUGGCGACCACAGUCAAACCCCCUCUGUGUGGUGUCGUCCGCUGGCUGCUCGCGCUGCUCCUCUCCCAGCUGCCCCUGCUCGCGCACGCUGCCUCCAAGGACAUAGUGUGCGAGCCCAUCACGGUUCCCAUGUGUAAGGGCAUUGGGUACAACCUCACCUACAUGCCCAACCAGUUCAACCAUGACACCCAGGAGGAGGUGGGGCUGGAGGUCCAUCAGUUCUGGCCCCUGGUCCGCAUCCGCUGUUCCCCAGACCUGCUCUUCUUCCUGUGUUCCAUGUACACCCCUAUCUGUCUGCAGGACUACAAGAAGCCCCUGCCCCCCUGCCGCUCUGUGUGUGAGCGGGCCAAGCGAGGCUGCUCCCCCCUCAUGAUCCAGUAUGGUUUUGAGUGGCCAGAGAGGAUGAGCUGUGAGCAGCUGCCUCAGCUGGGAGACGAGACUCUGUGUAUGGACCAGAACAGUAGCGAGACCACCACCCUCGCCCCUUCCUUCCCCAAACCCACCCCUAAGGGCACCCGCCGCAGGCAGCCCGCCCCCAAGCCCCCCGCCCCCCAGGAGUGUGACCGGGACUGCCGCUGUCGGGACCCUCUGGUGCCCAUCAAGAAAGACGCCCAUCCCUUAUACAACCGGGUCCACACUGGCCCUGUGGAUAACUGUGCCCAGCCCUGCCACCACCCUUACUUCUCCCAGGAUGAACGCACCUUCACCACCUUCUGGAUCGGCCUGUGGUCCAUCCUGUGCUUCGUCUCCACCCUGACCACCGUGGCCACCUUCCUCAUCGACAUGGAGCGCUUCCAGUACCCUGAGAGACCCAUCAUCUUUCUGGCUGCCUGCUACCUCUUUGUCUCCCUGGGCUACAUUAUACGACUAGUGGCGGGUCACGAAAGGGUGGCGUGCGCUGGGAGCGGAGACCAGCAGCACAUCCUGUAUGACACCACUGGUCCACCCCUGUGUACCCUGGUCUUCCUGCUCAUCUACUUCUUCAGCAUGGCCAGCUCCAUCUGGUGGGUGGUGCUCUCCCUCACCUGGUUCCUGGCCGCGGGCAUGAAGUGGGGCAACGAGGCGAUUGCUGGUUACUCCCAGUACUUCCACCUGGCUGCCUGGCUGAUCCCCAGCGUCAAGUCCAUUGCGGUCCUCGCUCUGAGCUCUGUGGACGGAGACCCGGUGGUGGGGAUCUGCUACGUGGGGAACCAGAGUCUGGAGAGCCUGCGGGGGUUUGUGUUAGCUCCCCUGGUGGUCUACCUCUUCACCGGCUCCCUGUUCCUCCUAGCGGGCUUUGUGUCUCUGUUCCGCAUCCGCAGCAUCAUCAAACAGGGAGGGACCAAGACAGACAAACUGGAGAAGCUGAUGAUCAGGAUUGGGUUGUUUACCGUGCUUUACACCGGUCCUGCUACUAUAGUAGUAGCCUGCCUGGUGUACGAACAGCACUACAGGCCGGGCUGGGACCGGGCUCUAUCCUGCUCCUGUCAGGCUGAGAGACAGAGGCUGGGCCUGGGGCCCGACUACGCCGUCUUCAUGUUGAAGUACUUCAUGUGUCUGGUGGUGGGCAUCACAUCAGGGGUGUGGAUCUGGUCUGGGAAGACCCUGGAGUCCUGGAGGAGGUUCGCUGCUCGCUGCUGCCCCUGUUGGGUCUCCAAGCCCACCGUGCCCCCCUCCAUGUACAUUGAGGCCAGCACGGUCCUCACGGGACACCCCGGGGCAGCUCUGCCACCAGGGUCCUACCACAAACCUGCCCCGCCCUCACACGUGUGAAUGGGACCCUGGAGGGGAGAGGAGCCCCUAAUGGUGUCCAGUGUGAAUGGGACCCUAGAGGGGAGAGGAGCCCCUAAUGGUGUCCAGUGUGAAUGGGACCCUAGAGGGGAGAGGAGCCCCUAAUGGUGUCCAGUGAUAGCUCUGUCAUAUGUGAGAGCGGGCCUCACCUUGACGUUGGACAAGACGGUGAAUGUGAUAAAGCAGUUCUCUGGAAGCAAAAGGGUCAGAGGACAACCAGGAGAUGAACCAAGUCAUUCCACAGGUUGUAAAUACAACAUUUAUCAACAAACCUGCCUCACUGACUCUUUUCAUGGAACAUAGAACAAAUGUGUUUUUAACAGAAAAGAGGGAUAUUGUAGAAAUCACAAAGUGAAUUUCUUUGAAUGAAAUGGGACGUUUGUAUCAUAUGAGCUCUUUGGUACAACUGGUACUCAUCGCUGCCUUGGCAAAGUACCACUACUUCAACAGGCCCACAGAGGUAUUCAACUUUUACCCUACAAGGCUUGAAGCCUGCUGGUUUUCUGUUCUACCUGAUAAUUAAUUGCACCCACCUGGUGUCCCAGGUCUCAUUCAGUUCCUGAUUAGAGGGGAACAACAAAAAAAUGCAGUGACACUGGCUUCGCGGGCCAGAGUUGAGUUUGAGGGCACUAGAACAUUCUCUGAGGGGGAAAAGGGAGUUGUGUUUUCGUCAGACUGUGGAUGGACGUAUAACCUGCACAUCUGGACCAUUAGAUGACUCACUAUUUAUUCCUGUAUAUAUGAUGCUCUAUAAAAGACUAUGGAUUUUGCUUACCCAGAAUGCCCCCCAUUAUUCAGUGUGGACACUGGGUCCUUAAUGGAUGAAAACAAAUCUAGGAACAGAAUGAAGAAAAUAUUUCAUGUGUUUCGUUGCAAUCCCAGUGAUGAAUCACUAUUCAGUAUGAAUCUAGUAAAUGUGUAAAUGUGUGGUAUGGAUGUGUUUGUAUGCUGCUCGAGUUCAAUUAAUCUUUGCCCUAUUCUGCCCGGUAAAAUCCAGUUUGGUUGACCGACUGGUCUGUGAACACCCUAGCCGGUCUUUAUAGUAGUAGGAUGAAGAUCUCUAGCCCAACUGUUGACCAGAUUCUGGACUGGACCUAUGGUUAAAUCGGCUUUCAGAGGUCAUCUGAAAAUGGAUGUGUAGCCUACUAGUAUAUCAAUAAUCAAGGGCCUCUUUUUCUCAACCAGUAUUUUCUGUUAGAACUUGUGGUCAAAAGUAGCCUCUAGAAAACACUAAUCGCAGUUGUAGGGAGUUUAAUGCUUUGGAAUAGUUUUGACAAUGGACCAUGUUGUAAAGCAGUGUAGAGGGACCGCCUGUUUGUAGAUCAGUCUCACAGGCCAGAAGAGAAGGCAUGGCCAAAGUACACCUGGCCUCCCUCUGAGUUCUGUGUUCCACCCCCUACUGGUACACACAGGAACUGUUCACACCAACCCAAUGGUAAAUGUACAGGUUUCGGUAGAGAUACUCUCAAUGAUCGGCUAUGAAAAGCCAACUGACAUUUACUCCUGAGGUGCUGACUUGUUGCACCCUUGACAACUACUGUGAUUAUUAUUUGACCAUGCUGGUCAUCUAUGAACAUCUUGGCCAUGUUCUGUUAUAAUCUUCAGCCAGAAGUGGACUGGCCACCCCUCAGAGCCUGGUUCCUCUCUAGGCCAAAAAAAAAACCCGUUUGGGGUUUUAGGCUGGGUUUCUGUACAGCACUUUGAGAUAUCAGCUGAUGUAAGAAGGGCUUUAUAAGUUUGAUGAUCACCUGUAAACUGCACUGAACCCUCGGACACGUCACCUACAGCUCUGUAUACAUUUUCAAUGACCGCGUCAGUACUCAUAUUGAGUCAGACGUUUACAAAAUGGUCAAUAUUUCUGUUCAAAAGGUAUCCAGCAGGCAUAGGCCUACAUAUCAAACUGUCUUCACACAAGAUGAACUGGUGGACAGCUAGACUAGAACAUGGUGAACUAAAACCUUGUCCAGUUGCUGGUUUCUGCCUUUCUACUUUGUUGUGCUUCAGAGUUUUUCUAACCAGACUAGUGUGUAAAUGAUCCAGUGUAAUUUAUUAGCCUGUUUCCUGACGUUCAGUGUGAGUUCUACCCCAUGGUCUGGAAGUCUGCGUUGGCGUCCUUCAGUAGUCUGGACUGCAGCUUUGUGUGUACUACAUUCAGUGUGGCAAAUUCAUGGCUGAG